GCAUCGCAGUGGGCGGGGCCUGCACAAAUAGACUCUUUAGAUCCCCCAUAUGAGAGUGACUGACAGGAGUCCUUUCCCCGCCCACCAGUACAGCCAUAGCCAAUCAGCGGCGGGACACAUGCACGAGCGCGCGGCGGCUGGGGGAAUAGGGUGCGGCUGAAGGCGGGGCAGCCGGCAGUUGGCGAAGCAGCGAAGGAGGGAACGGACCGUCACACAGACAGCAGCAGCCGAGGCCGAGAACAACGCAGCAUCCUCUACGUAGCGACAGACUCCAGUCAUCACCAUGCGUGAGUGUAUUUCCAUCCACAUUGGCCAAGCUGGCGUCCAGAUGGGCAAUGCAUGCUGGGAGUUGUACUGUCUGGAGCAUGGAAUCCAGCCUGAUGGACAGAUGCCCAGUGAUAAAACCAUUGGUGGUGGAGAUGACUCUUUCAACACAUUCUUCAGUGAGACGGGAGCUGGAAAACAUGUCCCCAGGGCUGUCUUUGUGGAUUUGGAGCCCACUGUGGUUGAUGAAGUGCGCACUGGGACAUACCGUCAGCUCUUCCACCCAGAGCAGCUGAUCACAGGGAAGGAAGAUGCGGCCAACAACUAUGCACGGGGACAUUACACCAUCGGGAAGGAAGUCGUUGACUUGGUUCUAGACCGUAUUCGUAAGCUGGCUGACCAGUGCACAGGGCUACAGGGCUUCUUUAUCUUCCACAGCUUUGGAGGAGGCACUGGCUCCGGAUUUGCCUCCCUUCUCAUGGAGAGACUUUCCGUUGAUUACGGGAAGAAGUCUAAGCUUGAGUUUGCCAUCUACCCAGCGCCACAAGUCUCCACAGCGGUGGUGGAGCCGUAUAACUCCAUCCUGACCACCCACACGACCCUGGAGCACUCCGAUUGCGCUUUCAUGGUGGACAACGAAGCCAUCUACGACAUCUGUCGCCGGAACCUGGACAUUGAACGUCCAACAUACACAAAUUUAAACCGCCUGAUUGGGCAGAUUGUGUCUUCCAUUACCGCCUCCCUAAGGUUUGACGGAGCUCUGAAUGUGGAUCUCACUGAAUUUCAGACCAACCUUGUUCCAUAUCCUCGCAUCCACUUCCCACUGGCCACAUACGCCCCGGUAAUCUCUGCAGAGAAGGCCUACCACGAGCAGCUGUCUGUCGCCGAGAUCACCAACGCUUGCUUCGAGCCGGCAAACCAGAUGGUGAAGUGUGAUCCUCGUCACGGCAAAUACAUGGCUUGCUGCAUGUUAUACAGGGGGGACGUGGUGCCCAAGGACGUCAACGCUGCCAUUGCAACCAUUAAGACAAAGCGCACCAUCCAGUUCGUAGACUGGUGUCCUACAGGAUUCAAGGUGGGGAUCAACUACCAGCCCCCGACGGUGGUGCCAGGAGGCGAUCUGGCCAAGGUGCAGCGCGCUGUGUGCAUGCUCAGUAACACCACCGCCAUCGCGGAGGCCUGGGCUCGGCUGGAUCACAAGUUCGACCUCAUGUACGCCAAGCGCGCCUUCGUGCACUGGUACGUGGGGGAGGGGAUGGAAGAGGGGGAGUUCUCCGAGGCCCGAGAAGAUCUGGCUGCUCUGGAGAAGGAUUACGAAGAGGUGGGCGUGGAUUCCGUGGAUGAGGAGGCUGAAGAGGGAGAGGAGUACUGAGGUGUAAAAGUGUUACUAAUGCUAAAUGCUUGUUGAGUUUAAAAUUUGUGAAAUAAGUUUAAAUGUUUUAAUUAAAUUACUUCUGUUGUAUAAUAGCCAGUUCUGCUUUACCCUUCCGAGAGUGACACAAAUAAACAGAACAAAGUGAUGAUAAAA